UCCGUUUUGUAAUGCUUGUUUUUGUUAAAUUCAUGUGAAUGACACUUACAACUUCCGGUUCUCCAGUGCCGUGAAUUAUUUGUUGUUGUUUAGAAGCAAGUGUGUCAUUCUUUGCUGUGGUCCAACCUCAACCAGGGCCCCUCUGUUAUAAUCACACAGGACUCUGGAGUGCUGGGAGCAUUAAGCAGUCUGCCAUGCACCUCCGGAAAAUGGAGGUAUCCUCUGAGAGGACUGUAUGAGGAGGCCUCCGUGUUUCUUUAGAGGCAGAGAAGACCACUGCUGCUAUUUGAAGCCAUGGAGAAGAUGUCUCGGGUCACUACGGCCCUAGGCAGCAGCACCAUCAGCGGGCGCACCAUGUUCUGCCACCUGGACGCGCCCGCCAACGCCAUCAGUGUGUGCCGCGAUGCCACGCAGGUGGUGGUGGCCGGCCGCAAUAUCUUCAAGAUCUACGGCCUGGAGGAGGAGCAGUUUGUGGAGAAGCUCAACCUGCGCGUGGGCCGCAAGCCCUCGCUCAACUUCAGCUGCGCCGACGUCAUGUGGCACCAGAUGGAGGAGAACCUGCUGGCCACGGCUGCCACCAACGGGGCAGUAGUCACCUGGAACCUGGGCAAACCGUCACGCAACAAGCAGGACCAGCUGUUCACCGAACACAAGCGUACAGUCAAUAAGGUGUGCUUCCACCCCACCGAAGUCUACAUGCUGCUUAGUGGCUCCCAGGACGGCUACAUGAAGUGCUUCGACCUGCGCAAGAAAGAGUCUGUCAGCACCUUCUCAGGUCAGUCAGAGAGUGUAAGAGAUGUUCAGUUUAGCAUGAAGGAUUACUUUACUUUCGCUGCUUCCUUUGAGAAUGGUAAUGUCCAGUUGUGGGACAUACGGAGGCCAGACCGGUAUGAGAGGAUGUUCACAGCCCACACCGGACCUGUGUUUUGCUGUGACUGGCACCCCGAUGACAGGGGCUGGCUGGCCACUGGUGGCCGGGACAAGAUGGUGAAGGUGUGGGACAUGACCACCAACCGGGCCAAGGAGAUCUAUUGCGUCCAGACUAUCGCCUCGGUGGCCCGGGUCAAGUGGCGUCCUGAGAGGAAGUGGCACCUGGCCACCUGCUCCAUGAUGGUGGACCACAACAUCUAUGUGUGGGACAUCCGGAGGCCCUUCAUCCCCUUUGCCACCUUCGAGGAGCACAAGGACGUGACCACAGGUAUUGUGUGGCGCCACCAGCACGACCCCUACUUCCUACUGUCAGGUUCCAAGGACAGCACACUCUACCAGCACAUGUUCAAGGAUGCCAGCCGGCCCGUGGACCGGGCCAACCCUGAGGGACUGUGCUUCGGCCUGUUUGGCGACCUGGCCUUCGCUGCCAAGGAGAGCCUAAUCAGUGGCGACGCCAACAGGAAGCCGUACCCGGGUGGUGACCGCCGCUACCCCAUCUUCUUCUUCAAAAAGCCCGACCUGACGGAGCAGUUUGCCCACGUGUCCAGCGCCCUCAGCGUGUUUGAGUCGUCUUUGGAGAGCAGGCGCAUGGACUGGUUUGUCAAGACGGCAUGCCUCUACCUCCUCAGCGGCAAACCCUUUGCCGAGCUGUGUGACCACAAUGCCAAGGUGGCCAAGGAGCUCAACAGACCUCAGGUUUCCACUACAUGGACGAUGCUUCGGAUCAUGUUCUCAGACCCAGCAAACCUUUCAACGCCGGGUCCAAAUCACAUUGGCAAACUGGGCACCCUUCCUUUAAUGAACAGUUUCAGUAUGAAGGAGAUGGGCAUGGGGAUGGAAAGCAGGCUGGACCGCAGUAAAGGAGAGAGCAGACAGGACAACAUUCACCUAGAGCUUGGGAACUCGCUAAUCAACAGCAACAACGACGAUAUUUGUCCCACGGCAGAGAAUGAAGAGACAGAGGGAAGUGAGGGCCAGGCGGAGUACAUGUUUGGUGAUGCUGAGCUGGACGACGAUGACCUCUACUCUAUGGAGCACGACAUCCAGGCCGCGGAGGAGCAGGAGUACACGCUCCCCCAGGAGGCCUUCCCACUGCGCCACGAGAUCAUGGACAACCCGUUGGCGCCGGAGCACCUGCAGCAGGACAAGGCCGACUCGCCGCAUGCCAGUGGCAACGAGGCGGAGGUCAUGUGCUUGACGCCCAUCGAGUCCUUCUCCCUGAUCUCAAUCUCCCAGCCACUGUUCAGCCCCCACCUUCCUGCUCACUUCUUCUGCCCUGUGGUCAGGGAGAUGCUGAGCCAUUAUGCCGAGCAGGGCGACGUGCAGAUGGCUGUCUCGGUGCUCAUCGUCCUGGGAGACCGCAUCCGCAAGGAGAUUGACGACCUCACUCAGGAGCACUGGUACAUGUCCUACAUUGACUUGCUGCAGCGUUUCGAGCUGUGGAACGUGUCCAAUGAGGUCAUCAAGCUGAGCACGUGCAGCGCCAUCACCUGUCUGAACCAGACAUCCACCACUCUGCAUGUCAACUGCAGCAACUGCAAACGGCCCAUGAGCAACAGGGGCUGGAUCUGUGACAGAUGCCACCAGUGUGCCAGCGUUUGUGCCGUGUGCCACCACGUGGUGAAGGGGCUGUUCGUGUGGUGCCAGGGCUGCAGUCACGGCGGGCACUUGGAGCACGUGAAGAACUGGCUAAAGAGCAGUUCCCACUGCCCGGCCGGCUGCGGUCACCUGUGUGAGUACACCUGACCCUCCGCUCCACCCCUGCCCAGCUUGCUCUCUGUGUGAGGGAGCACCACACCUCAGUGCCUGGCUCACCCUGGCCUGGGUCUCACACUCCAGGCUGGCGUCUCCUGAGACUGGGGUCCACAAGGGUCUGGCCAUGGUAGCAAGAUGGCUACUAUUGGAAGACAGGUGGGUAAGACUGGAGUCCAAUCCACAGAACCAGUCCGAGAGGAGGACAUGUAUGGAGCACUGUUAAAAGUUUGUGAUGGGGCCCCUGCCCUACUUGGCAAUGACAGAAACUUGAAGUUAAGUGAAAACAAUCAUUUGUGAAUAUAUAUACACAAUAUAUGCUGAGAUGGCCUUUAUUUUAUUUUUCAUUUCUUCAAUGUAUUGCUCAGCCGGCCUUGUCUCACACACACAGCUGGGCAGACCUCCAUGUUCAGCACAGUGUUUUCUAUGGCAAUAAAACAUUUAGACCGAAGCUCAGCUGUCUCUGUACCAUAAACCAUGUGAACUCGUA